GUGAAAUUACCGUUUAUUUCUAUAUGGGCUGCAAAUCAGAGUUCUAAAAGCAGCAGUUUGUGAAAAAAACCUCGUCGCACGCUAAAGCAUAAAUCAAACGAAAAAAAAACUAAUGGUGGAAAGAAUAAUAACAAUACCUGCAAUCCACUAAAUCUCCUUCCGAUGCGGGCUUUGUGACAAUUGUUCGCUUUUUGUCUGGUUCAGUGAGUGUGUGUGAAUGAGUGAACGCGUAAUUUCUUCCCCAAAUUUAUGUGCUUUCGAUAGGUAGUCUAACGCCAUGUCCACAUACUCGAUGGCGUACAGAUCUGGACUUUGUGCUUCCAUUUUAUACAAACGGCCACUGCUGGGUGGUGCGUCGUGUUUCUUGCCGACGAAUGGAGAAUGAGCAUGGGUAAAAUUCCAUUGCGUUCCCUCGUUAUAGGGCCACUUCGGUCCCUUUUUUUUAUCCCGAAGCCGGGAAGUUCUUGCAAGUAAAGGGACGCGCAUUCGUCCCCGGUUGCCAUUUGUCAAUCGGUGUCGCCAUUUGUCGUUCUUACUGUCUUCAUUUUAGUGCGUAUGUUGCUCUUCACAUGUUGGCAAUUUUGUGCCCUAUUCCGUACACAGUAUCCUGCGGCGCGACGAACUUGGUGUAUCCUGUUGUGCACAAAUGUAUGGUACCGCUUUCUCACUGUUGGUAGUGUAUUGUUGUGGAAGAGUAUAGAGAAAAACAAAAAGCAGCACCACAUCUACAGCCCAGCGGUGAUCGAACAGGCAGCCGAAGAAGCAGAGCACGGAAAAAUGCUGUUUGAAAGUAUGUCCGCCAAAAUGUAUCCCUACAAUGUGCCUCCACCGCUACAGGGUCCAACGGCGGUUCCCGUACCGAACAUAAGAUUGCACGGAGCCACUUUUGGUGCCGGAACGCUAGACCCGAAUGGACUUCUGGACACACACGAGCUUCACACUACGCUGGUGCCCCUGAAACCUACUCUGCUCACUACUCAGGCAGCCGCCGUAGCAGCUAGCCAACAGCAACAAAUCAAGCGAGAACAGUCGCAAACAUCACAGCAGCAGCCGCAGGUACUAUCACCGCAGCAGCAACCACAGCCGAACGCAGCCCAGCAGCAACAGAUCCAACAACAGAUCCAGCAGCAACAGGUACAGGCACAGGUUCAGCAACAGCAGCAGCAGCAACAAGCGCAACAGCAAGCCCAGCAGCAGGCACAGCAACAGGCUCAGCAGCAACAGCAGCAGGUGCAAGUGCAACAGCAGCAGCAGGUGAAUGGAGCCAGCGCCAACGGUUGCCCCAAGGGAGGUAACGCCAGCAAUGGCAGCUCAUCCGGUCGCUCGACACCGAACAAUGGUAGCGAUCCGGCACCGGGGAAACUGUUUGUCGGUGGGUUGAGCUGGCAAACGUCGUCCGAGAAGCUGAGCGAGUACUUCGGUAUGUUCGGCACGGUUACGGAUGUGCUCAUCAUGAAGGAUCCAGUCACGCAGCGAAGCCGUGGAUUCGGUUUCAUCACAUUCCAGGAACCGAACAGUGUUGACAAGGUGCUGCAGGUACCGAUCCACACGCUCGACGGUAAGAAGAUUGAUCCGAAGCACGCCACACCCAAGAACCGCCCCAAGACGCAAUCGAACAAAACGAAGAAGAUUUUCGUCGGCGGCGUAAGCCAGGACACGUCCGCCGAGGAGGUGAAGGCAUACUUCAGCCAGUUCGGCAAGGUGGAGGAAACGGUGAUGCUGAUGGACCAGCAGACGAAACGUCACCGUGGGUUCGGUUUCGUCACGUUCGAGAACGAGGAUGUGGUCGAUCGUGUGUGCGAAAUUCAUUUCCACACCAUCAAGAACAAGAAGGUAGAGUGCAAGAAGGCACAGCCGAAGGAAGCGGUUGCACCGACCGCACAGCAGCUACUCCAGAAGCGCAUCAUACUGGGCAACUUGGGCGUACCGAUGGCAGCUGCCGCGCCGAAUUCGGCCGCCGCCGCCGCACGGCUGGUUGGGGCGGCCCAGGCCGGUGGCAACCCGGGACUGGUGAAUCCGCUCGCCACCAAUCAGCUGAUGGUGCAGGCGCAGGCUCAAGCUGCACAGGCUGCUGCCGCAGCCGCCGCCAUGCAAGUACAAAACGGUUUCGGCAAAGUCUUCACUACAUAUCCACCGACACUGCAUAGCUUUAGAUACUCGCCAUACUCCAUUCCAUCGGCAGCCGCCGCCGCCGCGAAUGCCGCGGCUGUGAACCCUCUGUCGGGUGUUGCCGCUAACCAGGCCGCCCAAGGCCAGCCACAGCAGGUACCACACCCGACGUCUGUGGCCGGAGCAACGGUGGCUACGCAAGCUGCUCCACAGCAGACGAGUCAACAGGCUGCCGCCGCCGCACAGAUGGCUGCCGCCGGGCUGACGAACCCUUACCAGGGAUACAGCCUAGCCAAUGUCGAUAUGUCGAGCUUCCAGGGCGUCGACUGGGGCUCGCUGUACGGCAUGGGAAUAUUGUAUCCCGAAAGCCACUGUUGAGAUCUGCGUCCUCAUCACGUCUGUCCCUAAAACACACGUUUGUAGGCUAAAGAAUGCAACACACCUGUUGCACUCCACAUACUCUGAACGCUAUCUGAAGCGUGUUCAACAAUUUCCCUAAGCGUUAGACCCAGCAGUGAAUGGCGAGCAGUGAAACAGGAUCAUUUAUACUCAUCUUUUGGUUUAAAAUGUACAUCAUGAAGACUGUUUUAGUUAAGAAACGUUUUAGCUAGGAUUAUUUUAAUUUGUUUUAGUUUUUUUUGCGUGUAGUCCGCAGCUGGGGAAGAGCAGGCUAUUGUAAGGAAAUCUUGAUUUGAUUGGCGAGAUGUCCGUUCCUCAAUUAGGUUAAGUUCCUAAACUCAUCAGCAUAACUCCAGCCGUUAUGUAUUAGGUUUCCUUUUUGCGACGAAUUAUUUUAAAUAAGUUAUAAUUACAUUUCGCUCCUCAGAUUAGAGGUCCAUUCAUGCCGCUCAAUGUGAAAAACACAACCACAAGCAAAAAAAUGGAAGUGUGUUUUCACUCAUCACAACAAAUGAUCAUAUUCUGACAGUGCAGCUAGCUGGUGGUAGCUUACAAAUUGUUCACGCCUAGAAAACCCACACAGCAAAGCAAGCGUACGUUGCAAUUUGCCUCUUUUUUCUCUUAUUUUAAAGGAGAAAAAAAAACAUUCAUGUGAUUUUCUUUCCGGACAUUGAAUUUCGGUCCGCUCGGCUGUCUUGGACCCCGUCUUGGGGUUGGUGUAAUGGGAAAAGGGAACGUGAAAAACCCGAUCCAUCAAUCAAGAACGAUCGUACGUUGGGUUUUGUUUUUUCCCCAUUCACCCUUGUCUUAAUUUUGCCAACAACCCGGGAGGAUUUGGUGUAGGUUGGUAAUAUUAUUGCGCUAUUCUUAGCCGCGCAGCGCUCAAUGUGUCAGUCACGUUUCGUUUACCAAGUGCCAUGCAGUUGGGCGGACGGCUUCUGGGCCUAAUUCCUUCACGGCUCGUAAUGCUGCCUCCAUGGGAGCGUUUUUAACGCGCGAAAGAUAAAUUAUUGAACACCGAUCGUCUGGGUCAGUGGUCGGCAAAGACCGUUACACCGGGUAGGGGCGAUAUGUAAUUUAAAAUAUUUAAAUUUUAAUCGCCAAACUGUCGACCACUGACUGAGUGGAUAACGUUUUGGAGCGGUCAAUAUUUAUAGUACAAAAUACCCGUACUUCCACGUUUGUUUGAAGGUGCUUUUGUGGCUGAUAAAACAGUAAACCCGUAAUCGUCUUUUCCUUUCUCGUCUGGUCAAUUAGUUUCUUUACGUAUUUGUUUCAAAUACCCAUCACGUAUCACAACUGUGCUUCAUUUAUGUUUGGCUGAAUUUGCUUCAAAUUGAUAUAUUUCCUUUCCAUAUCUGUUUACGCUUUCGUUAUGCUCAUUCACAUCUAAUGCGUUUGUAUGUAUUCAGUGUUAUAGCUUCCCACAAAAAAGGGCAUAAUAAAAUAGAGCAAAAGACAAAGCUCGCACAUCUUCCAAUAAUGAAGCCUUGAAUGCAAAUGGGAAUUUAUGUUUUAUGGUCAUGAAUUCGUACGAAUAGAAAAAGGUGUUGAAAGUAUGCUUAAACCGCAUGUUAUGCCGUGUUUAACGUGUUGAAGUUUUCUGUCACACAGCGUGGAAAGGAAUAGCAGCAAGCAAAAAACAAAAAACAAACACUAAACUUGGAAUGGUCUUCGAUUUUGUUGUUGACACAGUUUAGAGGGAAAAUCACAUUCAGUAAUUGCUGUUUGCAGUAAUUAAAUAUUAUGUUGUUUAGUAGCGCUUCAAUGACAACCGUUGGUAAUAGGAACGUAGCAAGGCUUCAAAUCUUAACUCGAAAGGGCUUUAGAUUAAAAAUAUAUAUUUCCCCCAUUCCCCCAUUCUGUCUGCUCAUGUGUUUCCUCUGGCACACUAUAGAACGUUUCCCGUUUCACUGCCUUGUGCUCGGUUUAUCCUCUUGCAACAAGUUCAAACUCGUUAGCGCUUGACGGGUUUGCUAUUAACGUUAGCAUAUUAACUCCCACCGCCUCCGGUGGUGAAAAGUUAGCUUAGAGAUAUAAGUUUGUUUGUUCGUCCGUUCAUCAAAUAUACAUAUUUUGUAAAUUCAGUAGACUUCUGAACAUACAAACGUUUUGUAUCGUAGUAUAAAUUUUUCAAUGUUACAUAUUUUAGAAAUGCUGUUUUUUUCUUUGGUUUUGUUUUCUUCAAUUCCCAACAAUAUCGAAGCAAUGGGCCAGUGGUGGUAACAUUGUUUUGAGUAUUGUGCUACUUGCAUAUGUUCACACUGAAUGUUUCCAAUUUUGCAAGCAACGUACAGUUGUACCAUAAUGAGGCUAUAUAGUACAGCAAAACGUAUUCCACGCAUGCCAAAACUCUACUUAUUGCUAAUCGUUCCAUUCGGGUAAUAAUAGCCUAGCAAAGAUUAUUCUAGACGUAGAGUUUCGUUAUUCUAUCACAAAUAUGGUUUUUUGUGUGAGUGUAUAUGUGUUGAGCUCGUACUUCUUUCCAUCACACAACAAAAAAUAAAAAAUAGAAACAUAAUCAAUACCAGAGAUGAUUUUUGAGCAGGUUUUUUUAAUCAAUUUUCAUGCUAUUAAUAGAGUUGUAGUGAGCGUGUUUUCUCCUUUUUUCAAUCGCCUUAAUGUCUUUUCCUUUCCCUUUCACAAUGAAAUGAACAUGCAUUUUGCUCGGGUUUGUUCAAAUAGCUACAUUAUGUAUGAAAAAAAGUACGAUCUGCUAGUGAGAGGCAUUGUUGAAAGGGGUUAUUAUAAAAAAAAUUGGAACACAAUUUGCUUUGCUUCUACAUUUUUGACAAUACUCAACCACCGUUCGUAGAGAUUCAUUUUGUGUUAAUAAUCCAAUUUUUGAAAUACUAAGUAUAGAUAAAUUUCACUUCGAAAACCAUAUUGUAAAUGAACUAUGAAUGAAAAAUAUUAAUAACCACAAAAAUAGAGAGAAUCGAGUGAUCUCUACCGUGUGGAAAAAGAAAACGCUAAAACACAGAAACGUAUAUAAAGAAAACUAAACAAAAGACAAACAUAUCGUAUUUGAGCGCUCCAAAGCUCAAACUAGAAGCAAAAGUCUUACAAGAGGAGAAGCAAAAUUCGAAAUACGAAUUCAACCUAGUGUUACACACGGCUCGAAUGUAGUAAUCAGUACGAUAAGCUAAAUAAGGUAACCAACGUUCUUCCAUAACAAAAAACAACCAUAUAUUUAUAUUAGAGCAAUGCUGCAGAUCAGAAAAUGAAACUGUUACUAUAAAUGAGUGAAAGUGAAGCAAAUUAGAUGCAAAUAAAGUAAAGCAAACAAAAGGAAAGGAGAAGACACGUGAAAAGGUGUAAAAGGAAAAGAAAACCCAAUCCACAAAAAAUGAACGAGCUGCAAAUUUAUAUCUCUAAGUGAACUAUUUCGAGAGUGAGAAAAACGAGCUAAUGAGAAUAAAAAACAAACCGAUCUUUUCCUCACCUUGAGGAGUAUAGAAAGAGGAAAAAUUACUUAAAAACAGGUCAAGCGUAACGAGGAAUAAUUUAUGCGGCGGCUAAAGAGCUAAGCUUUUACUUUCGACCGAAAUACUCCUCUUAUAGAUGGAUUGAAUGGUCGGAUUUUCCUUCCUUUUUUUUUUUUUUGAAAAGUUCGGUUUCCGCUUGGUUUCGCAUUGAGCUCACUCAUGGUACAAACACACGAUACAGGCAGACACACCGAGCAUAGCGAGAAAUCAUGUAGUUUUGAAGCAUUUUCUACAGCACACGGGGAAAGCUUCGUUCCUACCUCAAAACGCUGAGGUGCAACAUAGGGAUGUGAUGUUUAACGCGUUUUGUUUUUCCUCUCUGUAACGCAUUACAAAGGAGACAAUGCCGGCAACAAAAAACACGCUUAAGUUCUAUCGGAGGUGGGAUAUAAGGACGCUCUUUUAUCAGAACCCUAUGAACCCACAAGGCUAGUGACGUACGGCAAUGGGACUCGUUUGGUAUAGUUUUAUGAGUUGUUUGUUUAACGCUUAGAAAGGAAACUGCUGAAACGCUGAACACACCAUGUGGACCAAUCUCAAAACCGAGAUCAUUGCAAGUAUAGACAUUCCUCCAUCAAAAGGAAAGGAAAGCCCAUCACUGCGAGACAGAAAGCUUCCACCAACACUGUGCACCGACGAGGAAGGUUCGUGAUACCGAACACGUGUACUCUAUGUAAAAUAGGCUUUGUGUGUGUGCAACGUGUUGCAUAAGAGAAGAAGUGUAAAAUGUGUGUAAUGGAAUAAACGGGGGCGUUCGUAAAGCCAGGUGCUUACACACACCGCAGGGGCACAAAAACACCUUAAGAAACACACUAAAAAUUAUCCCAUCGAAUUUUGAAUCUUAGGUUUUGAGCCAUUUUUAAUACGGAAGAGAAGCUGCGUGUAUGUUAGCUAUAAUGUUACAGUGUGGCUCCUCCAUAGGUAGUUUACGAGGCAAAGGGAGAGAGCCGUUCUUGUAGCGAAUGUUUGAGCUUGUAAAACUUACUGAUGGAUGGACAGUGCGGAAGUUGUAAAUGUUGUACUAGAAGUUUCCUUUCGUUUCUGUUCAAGUGCAUGAUGCACGAUCGAUUAGAGGAAACAAGAAAAGAAACAGCAAAUGUACAUAGAAUGUUUGGUGAAGAAACUGUAAUGACAUGCGUUGAUGUGAGUUGAACAACUGGACAAACUGAUCGCCUAUGGGCUACCAGAGGCUGGGCAGGACCGACUAAUGUUCGACGCUUUACCGACACGGCGAACAGAAAAGUAUGAUCUACUACACACAACACAUUACAACCCUUAUGUGCUAUGCGCUUCGUGACGAGAUGGCAAAAAUUUGCAACCAAUAUGCAAAGACCAAUAAUUGUUGGCUUUUUAUAUUCACUUCGCUUUGAAAACCCUCCCUUUGUAACUGAGGCAGGAAAGGAGGUAGGUGUAGGGAAAGGAUGUAAGAAGGGGGCAUCGUAAGCCUCCCGUGUGAAGAGAUAUAUCAAACUGGUUGUUUGUAAGAUCCUACUGCUUCGGUUCCUUCGGUUCCAUUCGAGGGAAGCGGAGUCCGCGAAGGAUAUCUUUACUUCUGGGAAAGGAAUACGCGAAAAUAUCAUCGGGUGUGUCGGGACUUGAUUAACUGCGUUUUCUUCACCUGUCGUUGUUGAUAGAUUGCCCUGUUUACUUGAUACCUAGGUACCACACUCAUGGAUAGCAAAGAUUUAAACAUAUAAGUGAACAAAAGACAACAUGACGCUUUCAAAACAUAUAUAUGACUAUAUAUAUACACACAUACAUACAAUACACAAUUAGUAUUUAUAUUUUUAGGAUUUAUACUUAAAUCUGUGAAUUUUAUGCUACUACUCUAAAUUUAAAAAAGAAUGGCAUCGUGGUGUGUUCCCGUGGCUCGAUAUCAGAGGGACAGACAGAGCUAGCAACCUGGAUAUGUCUGAACACAAGAAAGAAAUGCUAGCGGAUGUAAGAAAAUGUAUUCAUGAAAGCAAUCAAUCGACGAGAAAACAGAGCGAGAGAGAGAGAGAGUGAAAUGUUGUUCGCGUAUCAUGAGGUUAGGUUUAAAUUUUAGGUACUUAAACACACUUGGGUAACACAUUGUGACAUUUAUGGACAAUGUACAGCGAGUGUUACACACGUGGUUUGCAUCCUGUCCGCACAGGAUGAUACAAAAGCAAUAUCAUACGCAGCACGGUUUUUGUGAAUUUAAAACAGGUUCAUCGUAACAGUGGUGAAGGGGUUGGUGUUGGGAAAUUGAAAGACACGUGCACCCUUCGUUGUGAAAAUUGACUGGCUAUGAAGGUGGGCAAAAGGGUCAAGCAAAAGUUUAGCGAUCUCUCCCAACGUACAAAGUUACUAAAGGUCUAGAUCAGAAUGUGUACGUGUGUGUGUGAAGCUGAGAGUAUACCACUUCUAAACUUACGGCCAAAACCAUUACACACAGACACAUGAUCACCUUAUUAUCGCCAAUGGCACGAGAAAGUAAACACGCGCAGGUACAACACACAUCCACACACAAAAAAAAAAGGGAAAAACAAAUACUAUAAACACCCCUGUAUGGAUAAGGGAAGGGCACACCAUACACUGCCGACACAAGUGAAGUGAACAAAAUGGCGCGAACUGGGAUCGAAAGCGCGAUCCGGUGCAUAAACGAGCGAAGCAAGCAUCCACUCGACAGACAAUACUACUAAAGAAAGUAAAAAUUUGUUUUCUAAUUUCGGGCUUUGUGAUUUUUGCGAUUGAACCGCAAAGUUAAGUGACGGACGAGCAGUAAGGGCAUAGAAAUAUGAUGCUAGAAUUUGUAAGACCGCUAGGACCUGAUGCGACGAGUUAGACGAUUGGUAGCAGGGAGGAGCACGGAGCGUAAGAUGAGUAUACUGCACCGAGGGUGGGGAAACAGAAAACUCAUGUAUAUUUCCAUUAUUGCUAUUGCUGUUGCUGAUAGUAGUGUAUAUUUAAGACGAUAUAAUUAUACAUAAACGGGGGAAUGAAUGUGGGGCGAACAUUUAAAAAAAGACAACACAAACGAUCUCUUCCGCGGGACUGGUGGGACACAUGUUGUGUAAAGAGGAAAAAGAGAUCAAAACUAAGACAAAACAAAACCCAACUGCUAUUAAUUGAAGUGAGCAAAGGAAGAAAGACGAAGCUGCAAACACAAAACCCAAGAGAAAACGGAAAAGCAAUAACGUUAGUUAUUAUUAAAAUAUGAUAAUUAUUAUUAUGAUACUUAUGAUUACUAUUACCAUUAUUGUCGAUCAUGUGAUUUUACUGUUCCAACUAACCAGUAGCUACCAUUUUUUCGUCAUGUGUCGUCAUUUGCGAUCAUUCCAGCUAGGCCGGAAUGCGUGAAGCGUGUGCAGAGGCAAACGUUGGCCAAAAAAAAAAAAACGGAGGCAACAGUGUGCUUACAACGUUACCCGUGCAUGAUUCGCAAAAGCAAAAGCAAAAGAAAAAACAAAGAAACACAUACUCAGAACAAGCGCAUUGCGUAAGUGCCGUAAAGCAGUGAUUGCAUACAAAAAAGGGAAAACGAAAAAAAGACAAAACAAAAACACACACUGAAAUGAAGUGAGAAAAAAAGUAAUAAAGCAAAAUAAAAAUGAAAAACAAAAACGAAACGUUAUCAAUAUUGGAUAUUACCUAGAAAGACAAGAUAGUAGAAGAACAAAAAGCAAAACAAAAAACAACAAAAACUACCACCACCUACAUAAUGAACGUAAAAAUAUCCUCUUUUGCGUACGGCCGAACCACAGUGUUUCGGUUCGGAUCGCACACCGGCUGGAUGACGCGCGAAACCACAGGUAAAAACGUAAUUAGAACACAAAACAUACUCAUUGAUAAACAACAAACUUGUACGCUAGGCAGUGCUUUUAUAGUGAUUGUACGUUGAUUGUAAUGGUAGAGUAGUAGCGGCAUUAAAAGUAGAAGACUGUACACGUUUGGCACACGUUUGUAUAUAUAUAUUUAAAAACAAAUGAACAAGUUUUUUGGAAAUUGUAAGCGAACGGAUUGAACAGCAACAAAAAAACAACCAAUAGAGUAUUAUCAUCCCCAUUCAGACAUAGACGACACACCAACAACUGGACAUGGUAUAUGAAGGGAAGAAGAGAGACAUUUGGUUUUAGCUUCCUCCUUUCGGCACUGGUGCGUAGAGUAAAUGCGGCUGCCUUUGUAUCUUCGGUGUACUACCUUGUAGACUUGUGACCCGUUGUACUGUUGUGUGGAUGGAGACAUUCAUGGGCCCUUUGGUGUGUGACUCAAAAUCGGUAGAGUACUUAGAGACAUGUACUUAACGUAUUUAGUUACUUAUCCGGGUUCACAACCGCUUCAGGUCACAUAAACGCCAUCACUCCGUUUUGGACACUGAAUUCUUGCUCUGUCCAACUACUUAACUAAAAACACAAAGUCAAAUACAACACUGUAUUAGUGUGAGCUUAAUAUCUCAAUCUCUAGCAAUCUCCAGAGUAUCAGCAAAGCCACCUACCACACAACAGUAAACGAUUGCGCUUCGUCUUCAGAUAUUAUGAUAUCUGUCACAAAUCAUAUCCCAUACCAGAUACGAACUAUUUCGACUACCCACAGCAGUUUACGCUGUGCAUACGGGACAAAAGAGACACAAAGAACAGUCUUAACCCACGCUUGAAAAGGAAUACUAAGCUCAUAUUCUUCACUAGUUUAAAAUAAAUCCCAUCCGUUAGAAGUUGUUUGAUGUUUUGUAAUGAUCAUUGCAAUUGUGGUGUGAUAUGGCGUUUAAGAACAUAUGGAGCGUCCCUAGGCGUAGUAGUGCUAGUAAUUUCUCACGAUCAUAGCUGUAUUGCUCAAGUUUUUGCAAUAUAAUCCUCAUUCACGACUUCCGUCGUUAUGUAGUAAGAUAAAGCCAAUCUCUUCAAUAACUAGCAUUCUUAGUGGGAGAGAUUUAGUUCUUCAUUCUAGUAUUACUUAUUUCACGCUCAAAGUAAAAGCAUCAUUAGUUUGUACGAGACGCCAGUAGAUUAGUUUCAUCUAUCCCCAACACCACCAUUUUGCGUGUAUGUGGGGAUGCGCUUCCCUACACUCCCAGCUCAUUAACAUGUGCGCACCAUUGCGGCCAUUUUGUUUGUGAACAUGACACAAUCGGACAACUCCUGCUGACAUGGAUCCUACGCUCCUAAAAUCCCACCACUCAUCACCACCCAUCACCACCCAUCAACCACCACCAACAAUCCCCUGGAACGAUCAGCACGAUCGAAACGUAAGAUAGCAAUAAGCGUAUGCUCGUUUAAUCGCGUUACGUAGUAGCCAUUGUGUUUGUGGUGUAGACGCGAUAAUAAACACUCGCGUACACUCUCUCGCAUACACACACACCAGUAGUGGAUCGAACAGCAGUCGAUUAAAAUUGUAGGACAAACAAAUCAAUGGAAUCAAAUGCAACAAGGCAGUAAUUAUAUGCAAUAAAUACUUUGAAUCUGUAGCAAACCGUGUACUAGGGCGUUGCUGAGUAUCACUGUUAUGAGUUUUGUUUGGUCGUGUGCGGAGGUGUACGUCGCGCCUCCGUUAACGCCUCACGCAUACCGUUCAGUAGUUUUGCAUUACAUGGAUCUAUUACCUACAUAUAGAGCGGGGACGCACAGAAUACUCGUAGUACACUCGUACGCCAGUGUUGUGAAUGUUUGGUUUUGAGUUGAAUUUUAGUUAUCACAUCUUUAACGUGUUUUGUAACUCCUUUCUACAGAGCAUAAAUAGUUUUUACACAAGCAAAACAAAGCGUGGAAGCUAAUGCAAACAAGCGCUAGCACAAUAUUUUCUAUCUUCCCAAUUCACCCAAAAAUUUGCUUAGCUAGUUGUGUUGUGUUUACUAUUUUUUCUUUCCACUACCUUCUUACGUCCAAAAUUUGUAAUAAUUAACCGUAUAAACAAAUAUCAUUAGAAUCGUAUAGUCGAUACCACCUAGAUGAAACGCAUAUCAAUUUGCAAUAGCGUGCUCUGUCUCUCUCUCUGUCUCUUUUCUAUCAUUGUUCUACUAACUAAUCUUCAACACUGUGUGCUAGGUAAAAGCAGUAGAUACCAUUUUAUACGGCCAUUGUACACAUCAACUAGAGACUUGUCUCUUUCGCCCUAUGUUCUAUUUUCCGUUGAUUGUCCCUAAUAUUCUACUAUAAUUUUUCUGUUUUUCGGGGUAAACCGCUCUAAAUCGGUGCAUGAUUACACAAACACGUAUACCAUUACAUUUAGAUCGUACUUUCGCAUCUCAAACGCUUGUUUUUUAGAUUGUGGUAAAGAUAGAGUAGAUGCAAGUAAACAGUAUUGUACCCAUGCGUACGUCUGUGAGUUGUGCUGCGUAAGGCAAGCAACAGUACGCAAUAUGUAAUGAUUAAACAAACAAAUAAAUAAAUCAAUUGAAAGAACAAUAACUGCAAAAUGUAAGAACUUUAUAAUCGAUUUAAAUCACAACACCCACACACGAACCCUCUCUCUCUCUCUCUCUAUUAACCCUGCAGCAACGACUAAACAGGGUAGUAAACGAGUGUACCGCAAGCGUCUAUAUGCAUGAACGUUAUGAACUCAGUAUCUAUUAAAGAAAAAAAAACUAAAACAAAUCGACAAAGACAAAACAUAAAAUAAUAACCUUCAAACAAACAAAAAAAUACAACUAUAAUGUAGCUGUAGCAAUACCAGUGUGAUUGUAUUACUUGAGAGUAGAUUUAUAAUGUAUUCAA